GGCGUUCAUUGACUAAAGUAGUGAGAAAAAUAUGGGAGGGGAGGAGCCUGUGGUGCUUUGUCAUUAGGUGUCAGCCAAUCAAUGAACAUUGACAGGACAAUGUAGGAAUGUUUGACCCAUUUUCCCUCAGUCACGACCACCUGAUAACGCGUCGGCGCUCAUAUGCAGGUAAAUAAACGUCUUCUCUGGUUAAUAUAUGGCUAAUGCUAGUUUAGGCAAAUGGAAAUCCAUUCAUCCUUUAUCCCAGCCGCUCUUCCUCACGAGGGUGGAGGCGUUGUUUUCAUUAAAUGUGCCAAGACCCUCACUGAGAGUUAUCACAGAGGGAGACGACGUUGAUCAAAAUGUAUUUGUCAAUAGCCAAAACAACUUUUUGAUAACCUAUUUGGGAUAUUUUAACCUGAUAUGAAGUCACUAUAGUGUGGUGUUAAACAUGGCUCUUUUCCCUCUCCAACUAUAAAUAUGUUGAAAGUGUAAACAUGGGGGUUGUGUUUCAUUGAGCUCAGCAGUGCUCUUCUUUUAUCUAUUCCUGGAUUCGCUCCCCUUAUAGGGUUAGCCCACUAUACGAUUCAUAUAUUCCAGGCUAUUUUUAAUGAUCAAAUGUCGUUUCAGGAUUUCCUAUUGGACUUCAAAAUGUUGCACGUAGCAGGAAACAAGCGCACCGCUGUAACGCGAGGCCUCAUUCUUUGGCUUCUAUUGACCAACAUCAUGGUUCUCGUAUAUCGCUUGACUUUGCCAACGCAAGUGGACAUCAGAGAUGACACUUGUACCCUCAACUUGGGCAAACCAUUCAACGAGAACCUUCCCCGGCCUUCUCGAAGGCUCCAGACGGACACGUGCGCUCCUUCGGGGAACAUCAUGUUCCUGAAGACGCACAAAACAGCCAGCAGCACUCUCCUCAACAUCCUCUUCCGCUUCGGAGAAAAACACAAACUCAAGUUCGCCUUCCCCGACGGCCGCAAUGACUUCUUCUACCCGUCGCCUUUCCGCCGCUGGCAAGUGAAGAGCUACCGACCCGGCCAGUGCUUCAACGUAGUGUGUAACCACAUGCGCUUGCAACCCGCUGAGGUGGCGGCGCUGUUGCCUCCCGACGCCACCUAUGUCACCAUCCUGCGCCAUCCAGCCUGCGUCCUGGAGUCGGCCUUCCACUACUACCACAGGGCUGUGCCCUUUACUUGGAAAAUAGGUGGCCGCGACAAACUGGAGGAGUUCCUCAGGAGUCCUCGGACCUACUACAGGGCUCACGCCUACAACGCUUUCUACUUGAAGAACUUGCUCUUAUUCGACUUGGGCUCGGACAACAACUUGGACGCGGACCAUCCCGACGUGACGGAGGCCAUUCAGAGUUUGUCCCAAAGGUUCCACCUGGUGCUCAUUGCGGAAUAUUUUGACGAGUCGCUCAUCCUCCUGAAGGAGACGCUUUGCUGGAGCAUGGAGGAUAUUUUGUAUUUCAAACUUAAUGCUCGCAUGAGCGCAUCCGUCUCUCGUCUGACCCCAGAAUCCAGGGCCAGGGCUUUGGGGUGGAAUGGCGCUGACUGGAGGCUCUACCGACACUUCAAUGCCACCUUGUGGGACAAGGUGGAGGUGUACGGGCGGGAGAGGAUGAAGCGGGAUGUGGCCGAGCUCCGAAGGAGAAACGCCGAGAUGAGAGCAUUGUGCUUGGAAGGUGGAGAGGCGGUGGAGGCGCUACGCAUCAGAGACCGCCGCUUCCUGCCCUGGCAGCCCCUGGGAGUGAAGUCCAUCCUGGGAUAUAACGUGAGGAAAGACAUCCAUCCCGAGUUGAGGAGCACAUGUGAGAAGAUGCUCACACCGGAAAUACAAUACUUGGCGGACUUGGGGGUCAAUCUUUGGCUUACGAGACUUUGGGGAUGGUUGAAAGAUGCCAUUUCCUAAGGCCCGCCCCAAAUUCAUGGAGUUGAGCAGCCUUGGGCAGACACCAGGUCGUGUGAUCCGCAUCCCUUUCCUCCUCUGAGAGCAAUUCAUAAAAUGUUUUUGGAGGGGCUGCAAAUUCCACAGUGAUUUUAUUGAACUCACUGUAUGAUUGUGUGAUUAUUUCGAAGUUGUCAUAUGUCACUUAGAUAAAAGCUUCAAUGUAAUUCAU